GAUUUAUUUAGUCGGCUUUAAGAUACACUUUAGUUAUGAGAGCUAGUGAUCAAAACCGAUGGGUUGUAGUUCGAGUCUGCUACUUACUGAUUGAAAUUCAAAUACCUUAAUCACUAAACCGUCGUUCUAUGAAGAACUGAAAGGCUGAAAAGUAAGGCACCAAUUCACAGUCCUAUUUAGAUCUUCUAAGCCAUAUUUAAUGUAUUACAGUCUACUGGACUAGGAACUCGAUUCCUUUUUGUUUAUCCAUUUGCUUAAUUUAUUCGUCUGCAUAAUUGUCAACUCAUUUUCAUAGGACUUCACAACUAUAAUACAAAACUCUGAUAACUAUAUUUAUCUAUAUAUGUAGGUAAUUCCUGAUUAUUUGAUACAAUAUGCUUGAAGAUAAUUGAAAAGAAACAAAUGACAUUGAGUCUUUCUUUUUAUAUUCUACUUAGGAAAUAAAUGUUGAAUUAGCUUCAAUGUUAGAAAAAUGCAAUCGAGCAUAUGAAUGUCCAACAGUUAAAAUGAACUUAAUGAAAGAUCGAUAUGAACGUCGAUUAACUGAUUUAAACAGUGAAUGUACAAGUUUACAAAAUAUUUCUCAAAGAGAUUUAAAGAAAACUAAAGAACAAGUUAGUGUUACUGUUCAGGAACUCUUUUCACUAACAUUCUUGAAUUUAUAA